AUGGCCCACGCUAACGUCUGGAACUCCCGUCCCCGCCAAUACGGCAAGGGCUCUCGUCAAUGCCGCGUCUGCGCCCACACCGCUGCCUUGAUCCGCAAGUACAACCUCAACAUUUGCCGUCAAUGCUUCCGUGAAUACGCCAACGAUAUUGGUUUCCACAAGACAGCAUUCAUUUCUGAUCAAUCACUCAUUCCAAUCACUCGUAUCGAAGCUCCAAUGACAUACAAUCUAUCCCACGUUACAAGCAAUCCAAUCGUACUAAGCUCGGCAGUGUUGGCUUCUAUCGGUUGGCUUGUUACAUUCAUUGGUGCAUGCUUUGCACAAAUCCAUGGUGCCAGUUGGUGGAUCAUUGUAUACGAACUUUGCCUGCUCAUUGCAAUUUACGUGGUACUCGCAAAAUUAUUGUUUCGCCAUUAUCAACUCGUGCUACUUACGCUGCUUGCCAUCAGUAUUGCCAUGCUCACUCUCUUGAUUGAAAUGUUUUUGAAUCGUGGUGGGACCAGCUCAAAGGCUGCUGCUGCUGGCGCAUGUGUCUUGGUCAUUAUGCAGUACAUGUGGGUGUUUAUCUUUGGCAGCACUGAGCAAUCAUCAGUACAUGGUACCGUAUACGGCUUACAACCUCCAAUGGCUAGCCACGUACAUCUUGGUAAUGAUAUGCACCAGCAGCAUCAAUAUCAGCGUCACAUCCAUCACCAAUCUUCAGCCUCUGCAAUCACUGCCAGCGCCGUCUCUGUUCCAGUUUCACCUCAAUCUCCACAACUCCAAGAGAAACAGGAAACAGUAUCAUUGCAACGCGCUAAAAGUGCAUCUGCGCCUGUACAACAUGCCGCUACACCUAAAGCUGCCGUUGCAAAAGAUGAAGUAAAGGCCCUGCAUACGUAUCGUGCAAACCCAAAUGACCCUAACGAAUUAUCGUUCGAGAAGGAUGAAUUAAUUGAGAUCCUCGACCGACGAGGCAAUUGGUGGCAGGCAAAGAAGCAUAAUGGUGCUAUUGGUAUUGUGCCGAGCAAUUAUUUCACCCCAUAA